CCCCCACCUCCUGCCCCCGCUGCCCCCACCUCUCCCCGCUGCCCCCCACCUCUCGGAGCGCUGCCCCUCGCUGGCCCCGGGGUCGCGAUGGCCAAGGGCUCGGUACAGGAUCAAGCCUUUCUCUACUCGAUGUUUCAGAGGGUGGACAAGGACCGAAGUGGAACUAUCUCUGCAAUGGAAUUGCAGCAGGCGCUGUCGAACGGCACGUGGACGCCAUUCAACAUACAGACCAUACAGCUGAUGAUGGGUUUGUUCGAUCGCGAGCGGCGUGGCACCAUCAACUUCGCCGAGUUCGCGGGCCUCUGGAAGUACGUGAGCGACUGGCAGGCCAUGUUCCGCCGCUUCGACGAGGACUCUUCAGGGUUCAUCGACAAGCGCGAGUUGCGGGGGGCCCUCACCGCGUUCGGCUACCGCUUCUCAGACCAGUUCUACGACCUCCUCAUCUGGAGGUUUGACCGCCAGAGUCGGGGUCAGAUCGCCUUCGACGACUUCAUCCAGUGCUGCGUGGUGCUGCAGACUCUGACCAACUCGUUCCGAGGCCACGACACGGACCUGGACGGCUGGAUCCACAUCUCGUUCGAGCAGUUCAUGACCAUGGUGUUCAGCGUGAAGAUGUGACGAGCGGAUGACGAGCCAAAGUCCUGAGAUAGGGGGGGGGGGCAGAUGAUGACGAUGAUGUGACAACUGUAGGAUGAUGAUUGUGGUGGUGGAUGGGAGUAUUAUAUUUAUGAUGAUGUGUGGUGAUGCUAUGAUGAUGAUGUGUGGUGAUGCUCGGAUGAUGAUGUGAGUGAUUAUUAUAUUUAUGAUGUGUGGUGAUGCUAGGAUGAUGAUGUGAUACUGAUGGUAUUUUGUUUUGUAAUGUAGCCAUGGUAAGAUGAUGAUUACUAUUAUAAUGCUGAUUGGUGAUGCUGUAGUAGCAUUGAUGAUAUAUUUUGUGUUGAUGCCAUAGCCAUGCUAGGGUGGUGAUGGUGGCAUCACGACAGGAUGAUGAUGCUGUGAGCACGAUGGCAGUAAUGAUGCUUUGGUCGUGAUGAUGAUGGUGCGGUCGUGAUGAUGGAAUGAUGAUGGUGCUGGGAGUGUUUGAGGCGAGAGCUUGGGUGAGAUUUGGGCUCAAGAAACGGAACAGACUCUGAUCUCAGCGGCUACAACAGCCACAACCACUUCCACCACCACAACAACAACAACCACCAACCAACGCGUCACACUCAAGACACGGAAUGGAAUCUCGCGGGCUCUCUGGUCUCGGGUGC